AUGGGAGGGCAGCAAGCUCAAAAUAUUGCAACGAUUCUUAAUUAUGGUGGUUAUACGAGAGUAGACGCCCAAGGCUUUAGUGGUGGUAUAUGGAUUUAUUGGCACCCAGAAUUGGUCACUGUAGAACCAAUCAUUAAAAAUGGUCAAUUCAUCGCUAUGGACAUUAAAAAAGUAGGAUGUGAACCAUGGUAUUUUACGGUGGUUUAUGCUAGCCCCGAACCAACAAAGAGACAUGAUUUAUGGAGAGAAUUAAAAGAAUUUGCGGCAACUCAUAAUAAACCUUGGAUGUUUGCCGGAGACUUUAAUGACACUAGAUUUGGAUGGGAACAAAAUACAAGCUGUGCCGAUACCUCAAGAAGAUCUGCUAGAUUUAAUGAGUGGGUUGAGGGUAUGGGGUUGUUAGAAGUGGAAUUUUCGGGUGCGGGUGCUUCUCAUACGUGGGAAAGGGGUAAUUCAGUUGAUACUUGGAAAAGUGCUCGUUUAGAUAGAGCAUUAUGUAACGGAGAAUGGAGUCUCAGGUUCGCAAAUGCAGCCAUGAAGCACUUACCGGCAACACAAUCAAAUCAGUGCCCUUUGUUGAUCAGUCCGAAUGGCUUUAGUCCGAUCUCAUAUGUAAACAAGCCUUUUAAGUUUCAAGCUUCUUGGUUAAAACAUGAGAAAUAG